AACUCUCCCGCUAUCGCCAUCCCUUGCUACUUUUUGGGGGCGGCAGCUGACCCGCGCCCGCCUCCGAUGCAUGCAUAGAUUUCUCCUCGAUCCGGAUAUGGGUUUUCCCUAUAGACUCAAAGGAGUAUAAACACUGCACUCCCUUUUUCUUUCUAUAUAACAAAAACCGAUAGGAAUCCCAUAUAUUAGAGGUUGAUGGGGGAUGAAGAUUGCUCUGUUUCCAUUGACAACCUCAUCUGCCAAGAGAAUGGAUUUGAUUUGGAUGCAGAUGAUGGUGAAGAGAAACAGCAUAAAAUGAUUAUUCUACUCAAAGAUGCCGAUCUUUCCGAAACCGAAGAGUAUAUGGAGAAGUUGUUGUUUAGAGAGAGCAGCUUCGAGAGUCGAAGCAAUGAUCGUUUAUCUUGUUCUGAUUCCUAUUCCUCUGUCGUAGAAGAAGAUUGGUUCAAGUGUGUCCGCCUGACUUUAGUCCAAUGGAUUUUCAAGAUGAGAGACUACUUUCACUUCAGCUCCAAAACUGCAUAUCUGGCAGUGGUCUACUUUGAUCGCUUCUUCGUGCGGCGGCAAAUCAUUGAUAAGGGGAAGUUAUGGGCGAUCAGGUUGUUAUCGGUAGCUUGUCUAUCAUUGGCAGCAAAAAUGGAGGAAUACAGGGUGCCGGCAUUCUCAGAUUAUCAAAUAGAUGGUUAUGAAUUCAAUAGCAAAGCAAUCCAGAGGAUGGAGCUCUUAGUUUUGAGUACUUUGGAAUGGCGUAUGAGUUCGGUGACUCCAUUUGAUUAUCUAAGUUAUUUUACAUACAAGUUUCAAUAUCAGCAUGAAAAAAAGGAUUUCUUACAUAAUGCGGUCAUAUGCAUAUUCGCAAUCACCGAAGUAAUUAAUGUAGUUGAUUAUCGCCCCUCAACUAUAGCUGCAGCUGCCUUAUUAGCUGCGUCCAGCGAAAGAUACACAAAAGAGAUGUUGGAGUCUAAGAUAACUUCUAGCUCCCUUUGUGGAUCCUUAGAGAAGGAUCAUGUAUAUGCCUGCUACAGCAUAAUGACAGUGGAGUCAUCCAAGAAUCUGAAAAGAACAAAGAGAGGAGCUUCUUCAGAUUUAUCAGCAAGUCAUUCGAGCAUUAGCGAUGCCAUUGAUCUUGCUGAUAGUGCCUCUUUCACUGGUUUGAGAGAUAAGAGGAGGAGGCUACAAGUGCCAAAUAUCCAGUAGAUAUUGCCCCAGCACUGUUUUAUUGCAUGGGGCAUGGAUUGAUUUUUUUUCUUUUUAAUGAGGUUGUUGAUUGGAUUCUUAUUUGUUAGUUUGCUUAGCAGAUGGGCUUUGUAGUUGAUUGGUGAGUUUGGCUUGAGAAAUUUUUGGAUUGAGUUCUUGUGUUUAGAGUGAAAAAAAAAGUGGGGGGGGAAGGAAGGAAAGUAGGGUAAAACAUUAGCCCAGAGUAAGAAAGCUGAUUGAUAUGUAAAAGCUUGGAGAUGAGCCUGGGAAGCAGUUAAAGACUGUUUGUGAAUAGUAUGGUAGCUGGCCUAAUUGGUUCCUUUGUCAUUCAUCCAUCACUACCUUCCAUUCAUUACCCUUGGCAUUCAUCCAUAAUUCCCCACAUCCAUCCCAUUGUAUUUGGUCCUGUACCAGUUUUUCCCCUCCAAUGUCUAAUAUGAUGAUGCCAAUGAGCUAGUGAAAUUAGUCUUCAAGGUAGGAUUUGAUUGGUAGUCCUUUUUGACGCAGGUGCUUGUCUGAAUCCUUGAAGAGACUGUAAAGAAAUGAGAGUGGUUUUGCAAUAUAGUGCAUUUGUCUUCAAGCUGCCAAGCAAAAGUGUGUAAAGGUGAUUGAAUGCUAUUGGAUAUUGUAUGAUUCUUGGAAUGAGAUGUGAUUGGAUUUGUAUAUGCUUA